AUGUUGGCUUCUUACGUCCAUGAAGUUGCUGCAAUGGACCAAGAGAUUGCUAGAGUUUUGAACAGGAAACCAACUGUUAAGCCAACUGCAAAACCAGGAGAUGUGAACAAGAUGAAGAUGGGUCAAAUUGAUUCCACACAUCUAACGGUGAUGUUCAUAAAAGGCCAAGCUAACAGAUUUCUUUUCGCUCUUGUUGAUAAGCAUCUGUUCUCAACGGAUUGCUUGGAGCAUAUAAUUAAUAUCAUCCAUCGAUGCAAGCAGAACACUGAGGCAGACAAGAAGAACUUCACAGACAUGCUUCGGUGGUACAUUACUUUUCGUCAUAAUCUACUGGCCAUUAUACCGAAGGUGUUUAAGACUGUCAAGAAGUCUUCUAUAGCUCAACCGAACUGA